AUGUUCUGGGAUGGUUUCCAGUGGGUGCCUCGCGCAGACACAGGCAUCACCAACGACAUCAAUGCGUCCCGAAAGAAUCGGCGGCUCUAUUUAGGCAAUUUGCCGUAUCAUCUUGGAGUCACAGAGGAUUCUUUCUCGAAGCAGCUUUACGAGACGAUGCGUGACCGCAGUAUGUGCAACGAUCCAAACCAAAAUCCUGUGCUCCAUGUGUGGUUUGCGCGAGAUAAAGGUGCCAACUAUGGCUUUUGCGAGAUUGCCUCGCAAGAGGAGACCGAGCGCGCCUUGCAGCUGGAUGGCAUGCUGGUCCUAGGUGUUCCAGUUUCCAUCAAGCGGCCCAAUGACGCAGUGAGUCCUCUUGGCAUGAUUGGUGGUGUGCCUGUGGGUAUGCAGAUGCCAGGCCAGGGUGGCAUGCUGGCGCUGCCAUCCGCACAGGUGAGUGCCACCAGCCCGAUCAUCAGAAUUGACGAAAUCUUGAAGGUAGAUGAGAAGACCACGGAGGAUGAUUUCAACGAUGUAAAGGAAGACAUGCAGGAAGGUUGUGGAGCCCAUGGCAAGCUUGUUAUGGUAGCUAUUGUGAAGCCUGAGCAUGCAAAGGGCAACGCGACCUUGAAGCCAGGUGAUGUCUACCUGCAGUGUGCCACAACAGACGAAGCCACGAAGGUCAUGAGAGCCAUGGGCCAUCGGAAGUACGAUGGCAGGCAGAUCUCAAUGACAUCCUAUGAGGAGAGCAAGUUCAACACGGAGAUCAAACCGCUCUUCUGA